GAGCAGAACGUCAUUUUAUGUAUCUUGUGUUUUAAACAAAUCGAAAACAAAUCUGCGAUUUAGUUAUUUAUUCUGUGAUCACUACUGAUACAAGCAGUUUGCACGUUAUUUUAGCUUAAUUCAGCGCUGCUCUGUUUUGAAAUCGAAAGUGCAGGUUUGUAGUUAAGGUCAGUAGUGUCCUGAUUAGUUUAGUUAGUGAGAGAAUAAGGAUGCCACCACUUCCGGGUGCAGAAUUUGUUAGGACACCGGUGCAGCUGUACCGCUAUCUGCUGCGUUGCUGUCAAGUGCUGCCCACCCCGGCCAUGCAGAACCACUACAGACACACUGUGCGACAGAGUUUCAACAGCCACACCGAUGAGGAUGACCCAGAAAGAAUUCAUAUGAUCAUCCAGCGGGCUAUUUCUGAUGCUGACUGGAUCUUAGAUAAGUAUACCAAAAAGGGUGUUUCCAGUCAAGAUGAAAAAGGAAAGAACAGCUCUGAUAAACAGUGAUGCCAAAUUGGAUACUAGAUGGCUUUGAUUCCCCUGGUAGAAGAUUCUGUGCUAUUUAUUAUAUUGAUUAUAGGCUUGUUCUCCAAGGUAAUAAUGUUAACUUGGUGUUUAUUAGACAUACUACUUACUGUGCAUCUAUACAUUUGUCCAUAAUUUCAUGGGGUUUUAUCAAAGUUUUUUUUUUC